AUGCCUUUCAGGAUCCAUACAGCUCUGACAAACCCGGCAAUGUCAUACAGCACGAAUGCGCUCUCAUUCUCGGAAGACCAGCAUUCGAGUGAGAUGGGACCCCAGAGGGCUCUGGUCCCCAUUCAAGGCCCUACGUCGCCCAGAAGCAGACGGCUUGUCCCGACCCAAACGCCACCUACAACUCUACCACGAUACUAUGACGAGGCACCGCUGAGACCCAGAAUUAGAAAGCCUGCAUCAACAGCCUUCACCGCAAAAGUCCUCCUCGGCCAACUUCUCUCAUAUCCCGCGAUGAUGGCUAGAGGCGGCCGCCUGCCGCCGUUCAUCUUCCCUCAGUGUGCACUUGAUGGAGUCGUAUCGCCAGCUGAGUGCAAUGCUCAGGGAUAUCAUCAGUGUUUGCCCGAAGUUCUGGCCGUCUGCUGUAGUCUGGUACAGGCCUACGAGGCGAGGACCCCUGGAAGCGCGGCCUUCGUGUGGAAGAGCAUUUACAAGGAGGUUGGCAGGAUUAGGGAAGAGUACGAUUCCUUCAGUCGCGAAGAGCUCGUAUCAGCUGGGCAAGCUAUGACAAUAUACGUACUGUUGCAAGUGAAGGACCAAGACUCCAUCCCCCACAACGAUAUUGACCUCCUAGUAUCAACCCCUGUUCUAUUGGCAAGGAAGCUUUAUUUUCAGAUGGAUUAUACCUCCAAUUUCAUCAACGGCGCCAGCCUUGACCGGCGAGAAUGGGCGCUGAGGGAGAGUGUUCGCAGAAACGUCUGUCUGAACUUUGGGUUCGAGCUGCUCGUCGACGCAGACUUCAGCGGAGGGAAAGCAGCUACCUGUGGUUAUGACAAGGUGGCAGUCCCGACAGGAAGGUAUCUUUGGGAGCCUGUGUCAAAUGUCGAGUGGUCUGCGCGCUACAAGAAGAUGGAAGCAGAGAUUCGGAAGAAGCCCUUGAGUAUCCAAGAUUUGCGACGGGUGAGACGUGCUACGGGGAACGGAACUGGAACCGAGGUGGAGGAAGGGGAGAUGACAUCUCGUGUGUCCGACUGGUGUGAUGGGUUAGAUGAGUUUGGGAUGUUGGUGUGGAUGGCGGUGAUGAUGGAGUGA